GACAUCAUAGCAACCCUUGUGCAAGAAGCAGAUGAACUUGCGCUCCGCAUAUUUUUCAUAAUGAGAAUGGAAGUGAGGCAGAAAACAAAUAUUUAGUAUUAUAUGGGCAAGCGAGGGAAAUUUCGGCCGAAAUAGAAAAAUUUCAAGUGUCCGCUAGGGAAAUUUUGACUUCCCGUGUUGGCAGCACUGGUAGAGCGGCUAGAGCGGAGCGACUUGAUCGCUGUUGACUUGAUUGUUUCGUCCAGCUGUUCUGUUGUUCUGCAUGCGGCUCUGGGCUGAUGGGUUGUGACUUUUACCUAGCGCUCACUCCAGACAGCGAGUUUCGCCCGCCCAUAUUUUGACGCCCCUCACCAAUAUACGACGAAGAUAUGCAAAACGACGUAAGUGGGACGGCGCUGCGGUGAUCCCGCCAGGCAACUGUGCACGACACUUGGAAGUUUCUGCCGAAGCGUGAUUGAACGUAGCUGCUAUCGGCGCGAUCGAUAUCUGGACACGUCCGGUGUGUGUGUGUGUGUGUCCGCGCGCGUUAUCGGCGAGACUGUCAGUACAGUAGUGCCCGCCAGGUGACUGAGGUGACGGCAGUCCGGCCCUGUGGUCCGGCCUACAGUCUGGACCUGUGGUCGGGACGAUGGUAUUUCUUGGGUUUCGGGCCGUUUGACACAUGGCUUUCGUCACUGGGUAUCGUUCCCUCGGGACCUCCUACCCCGGCGCUUCGGCCGCUGCCGGCCCGAUGCAGAAUGGCGGAGCAGAGAAGAGCUCGGUGAUUUGAGGGCGAGGAGCGCGUUUGUCACGCUUGGGACCGGUUUUCCUUGCACGGGCUGUGGAUUGGUGCUGAAGGGGCAACAAAACCAUGGUUCGAGCGGUGGUGUCGCAAGCGCUUUUCCGCGUUGCACUUCCCAUCGUCUUGCUCCUGGUGGUGCUCUUUCGAUACAAUGUGUUCUCCUUCGUGUACCUGCUCCUUCUGCUUGCCAACCCGUUGCUGCCUGGCCCCACCUCUCGACAUGCCGGGCGAGCUGCAUGCUACCUCAAGCUGGUGGUGGCUGUCAGUGCAGUCUUCUGCCUGUGCCAGGUGGUCUACCAAGUGGUGCUCAUGUCGACUCAAAGCUACAGCAAGCCCGUGGAGAGGUGCCUUCUCCAGGAGCGGCUGCUGUCCCUGGCUGGCCUCAACCGUGCUGAUGACAUCCGGGCGCUGGAAGCUGUGCAGCUUCUCGGGUUCGACAUGGCGGUGCUCUUUGCCAGUGCCAUCACAUUGAUACUCUGCGACAAACUCGCUCUGGAAGAACACCGUGUGGUACCGCACCGUCGCCGCCGGGCCUUCCUGCAGCUCUUUGGCGAGUUUGUGGUGUUGGUGCUGAUGGCAGCCGCUGGCGUGCUCCAAGCAUCGCUCACCUCGCUGGCCUACUUCCUAGUCUUCCUCUGGGCCGCCACCUGGCUGGGCAUGCACAAGCCCCUGACCAGCGGCUAUCGCGCUGUGCGCACGGUGCUCCUGCUUUACAGUGCCCUCCACUUCAUGGCACUGUACAUCUACCAGCUGGACUACCUCCAGGAGUUGGUGCCUCCCUCCAGCCUGCAGGCCAGGCUCAUUGGGCUGAGCCCCCUGCGAGUGCUUCCCUGCAAUGCAACGGGCCCAACAAUGCCGGACACGAGAGUGCUGAUGUUUCGGCCGCUACACUGGACGCUGUAUGUGAGCCCACUGACGGUGUUCUGCUUCUACGUUGUGGUGGCCACCGUCACCCGUUACCAGUUGCUGCAGCAGCCUGCUCCUGAGUCGUCUGCUGUGUCUAUGGCGGGUGGUGCCCCUUCACACAGUGGCAGGCUGGACUCCAAGCGUGGUUCCCAGCGUUCCACAGUUUCCUUUGCUCGGAGACAUCGCAGAGACAGUGGGGUAACUGCGCCUGUGACCCUCUUUGAAAACCAUGGCUGCAAUAUUGCUCUUGCUGAGAUGUGCAGAGUCGAUCCAAAUAGCCCUAGGGCCGAAGUAGACGAAGACGCCAACCAGAAGGCUCCACUGUUGGACAAUGAUCAUGUGGGCCGCUCGUACCAGAGCAUGGCACCAAAAGAAAGCUCGGAGCCAAUGAGCAGCGGCGGCGGGUCUUCUCAAGACGUCGGACACGUGACUUGUGUGGGGGGUCACGUGGCUGGUGCCAUGGCUGCAGAGGACGACACCAUGGCUGGCAGUGCACCUGAGCGGGGCCCCAGCGGCCGCCAUGUUGCAUUCAUGCUUGGACUCCAGGGUUGCCGUCUGAUAACGCGAGGCAGCUACGUGGUGACACUGAUCAUGAUGAUGGCUUGGAGCAUCACCUACCACUCGUGGCUGACUUUCAUUCUGCUGCUGUGGUCGUGCGUGCUCUGGAUGGUGCCCAGCUCGCGGCUGGCUUGUCUGCGGUCAUCGCCGGCACUGGUGGCAUAUGCGGAGCUGCUGCUGCUCCUGCAAUACCUGUACAGCCUGGCCCUGACGGAUGAGGAACUGCCGCAGAACCUGAGUACGGUCAACCUGGCUCAGGUGGGGUUGAUCAAGUACCACGAGAACUCCUACCAGCCCCUGGCAGUCAAGAUUCUGUUUACUGUGAUGUUCUGGAUUACACUACGCCAGUACAUCGAACACAAGACUGCACCUCCGGAAGCUGGCAUUGAGCUGCGCCGGCAGAUGAGCACAGCCACCAGCAGCCUGGGCAUGGGGACCCAGCUGCGUGUGCGCCAUUUGGGGCGCCUGAUCAGCGAGUGGCUGACGCACUACUGGAUCUGGGUGGUGGCCAUCAUGCUUAUGGUGAUCUCACUGGGAGGCACGGACGUGGUGCUCUACCGCAUCGCCUACAUGCUGCUCUUCCUCUUCUUCAUCCUCGUGUUUCAGAUUUCGUACCAGCUGUGGAUCAAAGUAAUGUAUGGCUUCUGGCUGACGGUCAUCAUCUACUCAAUGUUGGUGCUGAUCCUCAUCUACACGUACCAGUUUGAGAAAUUCCCAGAGUACUGGAGCACCUACCUGCACAUUCCACAAGACAUUCAAAAGGACAUUGGUCUGGAGGUAUACCAGUCGGACCCUGGCACACUGUUUCUGAAGCUUCUGACACCAACAUUCUUCCUCAUUAUAACCAUCAUUCAGCUGCAUUACUUUCACAAGGAGUUCAUCACUCUCAAUGAAGACAACUACCGCCCUGCACCCAGCCGGGAGGAAGAGUCAAGCGAGAGCCGGUCACGGGUCAGCCCUUUGCCGGGAGACCACGACGUGUCCAUUCCCGUCGAGGACGGCCCCCACCCGCAGGACGACUCGGAGGAUGCGGCCACGCCGGCCACCAUGGUGCCUUCCGGCUGUGGGCCGGGGACCACGAUGGCGGAUGUGCUCUGCAGCCCCAAGGCUGGCAGUCCACACAUCUCUCUGGAGCGGAUUGGUCGGUUCCUGUCGCAGGCCGCCGAAGUUGGCUGGCGACUGCUCGAGAUUCACACCAUGAAAGGAGUGCUGCUGGCGGUGUUCGGCCUUGCCAUCUACGACGUGUGUGCCGUGCACGUUGUUUUCGUUCUCCUGGCGGUGGUUGCCCUUCCCUUCCGCUGGCUCCAGUUGUUCCUUGUCCACUGCUGCUCUGUGUGGGCCUCAGUGCUGCUCCUCUCCAAGAUGAUCUAUCAGCUGAACUUUGUCGACAAGUAUGGCUGGUCCACCAACUGCACAGACGUCAUUGGCAUCCCCAGUAACAUGACCGGCUUCCCAGCACCAUUCAACACCACUAUCGACAACCGCAUUUGGAUAGGGUUUGAGAAGACUUCAAACCUCACGUCUUACUGCAAGGGCUACAUUAUGCUGAUUGUUGUGUUCUCGGCACACGCCAUGGUACGCUAUCGGCAAAGCUUCUCACGGGCCCGUCACCAGCUUCCAGAGCCACGUCCCGGCGUGGUGUUUGCCUCGGUCAACCGCUUUAAUGCCGACGAUGGCAUCCGUCAGUGCCUUAUGUACUUGCUCAAUUUCUUUUUCUACAAGUUUGGUGUGGAGGUGUGCUUUGUGACGAUGGUGAGCUGCAUCGGGGUUCGCCUGGACGUGUUUGCCCUGCUGACGUCUCUGUGGCUGUGUGCCAUGUUCCUGCUGCGGCGGCACAGCCUGGCCAAGGUGUGGCCCUUCUAUGUGGCCUACCUCUGCCUGGUGCUUCCCCUCCAGUACCUGGUGGUGGUCGGACUGCCACCGGGCCUCUGCAUCGAAUAUCCUUGGUGGGACCCUUCUAAUAAAACGCUUCGGGAGACCGCAUUGUGGCUCUACCUGCCGGACUUCCAGGAACCUCCGCUCGCGAGAAAAAUAUUGGUGGACUUUGUGCAGCUCCUGUUUGCAUGCUGCCAGCUGUAUGUCUUCUUCCUGGAGGGUUCUCAGAACAGCGACUUUUACGAGGGAGGUUCAAACAAGGAGAUCUACGACAAGGAUGGUCUCUUUAUUGGCCAAACCCCUAACCCAAUAGCGGACUUCGUCACUUACACAAAGUCGUACCUGUCCAUGGUGAAGGUGUUCCUGUUCUUCUCCUUCUACUGGAUCACCCUGGCAGUGAUGUUCCUUGCUGGCACCAAUCGCGUCAGCCUUUUCGCCAUGGGUUAUGUCCUGGGUUGCUUUUUCUUCCUCUGGAAUGGCAACGAGUUCUACCUCAAGCCCAUGAAGGUGCUCCUGAAAAUGUGGAACACUCUGCUGGCCUACAAUGUCACAGUCAUCUUCAUCAAAUGCAUUUUACAGGUGGUUGGCUGUGUCUUCCUCGAUGAACUUGCCAAGAAAUCCUGUUGGGUGGUUCAACUUCUUGGCAUUGCUUGCCUAAAGAAGCUACAACCGGAUGGCACUGCAGGGAUGAGCACCAAAUCGAGCUCGAGUGACGGGGACAACAUGUGCCGUGUUCCGGUGGACGAGGCGGGUCUGCUCUGGGAUGGCAUCUGCCUGGCCUUUCUGCUAGUGCAGAAGCGCUUGUUCACGUCGUACUACUUCCACCACCUGAUCAUUGAGAUCCUAGCUCAGCAGCAACUGGCGUCACGUGGGGCCGAGAUGAUCCACGAGAUCCAGAUGAAGGACGUGCAGGAGCAACGAGCUGCCGAGAAGGACAUCAUGGAGAAGAUAAAGCGCAAGAUGGACAAGAUUCGGGCCAACCAGCAGAAGGUGCGCGGGGGCGAGUAUGUCGAGCCAGAGACCCACUUCCAAGCUAUACGUUCGGGUGACUUCUACCUCUUUGAUGAUUUGACUGGCAUGGACAUUGACCUUGACCUGGACAUUAAGGGCCACAAGUCUGGCGAAACUGAGGAUGCUGAUGUGAAAGUCCGUGGUCUCAAUGCGUUGCUGAGCAGUGCCAUCAAGGCGGGCACCAUCAAGUGUGCAUCGGACGACGCUCGACUGGUCUCAGAGGAGGCAGAUGACAUGAAUGACUCGAGCGGCCUCUCCCCUAUCGUGAGCAUGGACCGACUGCCACUGAGCCGCACGGUCUCGGGAGCCUCUCAGCCCUCCAAGUCUUCGAGUAAGCAGCCUGCCACGUCGAGUGAUCUUCCUUCGAUGAGCGCCGAAGAAGACAAGACGGGUGUUCCCGAAGAAUUGCACACUGAGCACAUUGAUCCACCAACCGAGCAACCAGCCGAAGAACUGCAGCAGCAGCUAGAGGAACAGCCUCCCGCCGAAGAUACUCUCCUAGAGAAGGUUGUCAACUUGCUGGCCUUCAGCUGGGCUCUUCUGGACAGCAUGCUAAUUAGUGCCACCGCUAAGCUCAAUUCAGUUUCGAGAGACUACCGGUACGUGGCACGCAAGCUUGCGGAUGAGAAGCGCAUUGUCAAGGCACAGUUUGUUACUGGUCUGGCUACCACACUCAAUGAACCCGCUCUUAGAAACAGAAAGUUUCAUUUUCACAAGCAUUCGGAGGAGGUUGCUGUACCCACGGUUGACAAGAAGGGAAGCGACGCCGUGCUAUUCGGUGACAGCAUGGAAAUGGUGGGCGGUGCUGACAAGCCUGACGGGCAGCCGAGCCACCCGUCCCUGGUGCGCUUCCUCAUUGCAUGCUACUACGCCAUUGUGUCACGCUCCGAGGUGGUGUGCUAUCUGGUGAUUGUGCUAAAUCAGAUGAAGUCUGCCAGUCUGCUGUCCCUGCCCCUGCCGCUGAUGGCCUUCCUCUGGGGUUCCUUGUCGGUGCCUCGCCCCACCAAGGCCUUCUGGAUCACCAUCAUCACCUACACGGAGGCCAUUGUGGUCAUUAAGUACCUCUUCCAGUUUGACUUCUUUGACUGGAACGAGUCGGGGCCCGUGAACCGGCCCUUUGACCCGCCGCGCAUCCUGGGCAUCGAGAAGCGCAAGGAGGACAGUGACUAUGCACUUUACGACCUGCUCCUCCUGUUGCUCGUCUUUUUCCACCGGUUCAUGCUCAAGAGCCUGGGCCUGUGGAAGGACACUGACAGGGGCGCCAGCGUGUCGGUCGUCCAGUCUCCACCCGAGCCCGCAUUGUGCGGCGAGGUCCGAGCUGACAGGCAGUCCUCCGACCACGCCAGUCCCGAUCCAGCCACGUCGGGCUCCCAGGACGAAGCCAGCGAGAGCAUCGACACCCUUGCACAGCCUCCAGACUCCCCUUCCCUGACUUCCAGAGGCGGUGAUGAUCCUUUACAAGACAACUUCCUCUAUGUGAGCAAGAUGUUUGAUGGUGUCUCUCGCUAUGUGGAGCCCUUCCACAACUUCUUCGAGAACCUCCUCCACCCAGUGUACAGGGUCACUACAGACGUCUACGCCUACAUGUUUUUCUGCGACUUCAUCAACUUCUUCAUAAUGGUCUUUGGCUACUGGGCCUUUGGUACUGGGGGCUCUGAGGAUGGCGUGGCCUCCUACUUCCAAAAGAAUGAGGUGCCUGUGCCGUUCCUGAUAAUGCUGCUUGCACAGUUCGCACUCAUUGUGAUCGACCGAGCGCUCUACCUGCGCAAGUACAUUCUGGGCAAGCUGAUCUUCCAGGUGUUCAUCGUGUUUGUCAUCCACAUUUGGAUGUUUUUUGUGCUGCCGGGGAUCUCGCAGCGGUCCUUUGUGGAAGAGAAGAACCUUCCGCCAAAGCUGUGGUAUUUCAUCAAGUGCAUCUACCUGAUUCUGUCGGCCUACCAGAUUCGGUCGGGCUACCCGACACGCAUUUUGGGGAACUUCUUCUGCAAGAAGUACAACUACAUCAACUACUUCCUCUUCAAAGGGUACAUGCUGAUCCCGUUCCUGUACGAGCUGCGCUCUUUGAUGGACUGGAUCUGGACGGAUACGAGCAUGAACCUUAGCAACUGGCUCAAGAUGGAGGACAUCUUUGCCAACGUGUUCCUGCUCAAGUGCCAGCGCCGUGCUGAAGAGGAAUAUCCGACACCAAGGGGUUCUCGUCGUUCAUCACUGACCAAGUAUGGCCUCGGAGGCAUUUUGCUGUUUGCCAUCAUUCUGGUCAUCUGGUUCCCGCUGCUCCUGUUCUCGUUAGGCAAUACAGUGGGGCAGUCUCUUCUGCCCAUGGACUGCACUUUUGAACUGAGCCUGGGAGGCUACGAGCCUAUCUUCAAAAUCAGCGCUCAGCAGGGCAGCCUGCAGCCACUGCCUUACGACAGCUGGGUGCGAUUACAGGCGGAGUACAAGUCGAGUGGUGCGGCACAAAGUUUCCUGGCAACCUACGAUGCGUCCGACGUGGCGGUGGUGCGGCUCAACGGCAACUCUACAGCCAUCUGGACAGUGAGCCCUCCGAGCCAGGAGGCCCUGAUCAAGGAAUUGGGAGGGGCCAUGGUCCCUCUGCGCCUGCGCUGGACAUUUGCACGCUCUGUGGACAACACCAAUGCCGACAAGGUUGUGGGCAACGAGCACACGGUGCAGCUGGUGCCCAACACGACCAGCAGCCUGGCCGAGAUGCUGAACGGGACCAGCAAGAAUGUCAGCGUGCCCUCGAUCCUGCCCAGGUUCCUGCUGGUGCCCCGCAAGGGCAAAGUGGAAGUGGUGCGGGCCCUGGACUUGCCCGACAGGGAACCCUACCGGAACCUGACUCUGCGCCUGCGCACAGGGGCCUUUAAGAACCUGAGUGCACGCAGCGAGUGGUGGGAAGUCCAGGAGAGCUGCACAGAUGCCUACCCGUACCCGUUCCUGCGCGACGACCAGGGGUCCUGCUCGAACCUCAGCAUGGUCGUCUUCAACGAGAAGGUCUUUCCGCAGGCGCUGUCGCAGCUCACGGGAUACGGGAUUGUGGGCCUGUACACAACAUUUGUGCUAGUUGUGUCUCGUCUCAUCCGGGGCUUCAUGGCUGGCAGUUCAUUCAUCAUCAUGUUCGACGACAUUCCCAACGUGGACCGUGUUCUUCAGCUGUGCCUCGAUAUCUACCUGGUGCGCGAGAGCCGAGAACUAAGCCUGGAGGAGGACCUGUUUGCCAAGCUCAUCUUCCUCUAUCGCUCGCCAGAGACACUCAUAAAAUGGACACGCAUGGCAGAAGUGCAGCAGUCACCUCACCGAAACUGAUCUCGAAUUGUCAUUGGUGCAUAUUUCUGUUAUCUUAUGCUCUGUCCGUUUGCAAAGAGAGAGACUACCGAAUGGAGUCGACAGAAAGGGCAUUUCCACGUUUUUGGUGCUGCCAGAGCAUUCCCACUCUUGGGAAAUAUGUGCAUAAUAGUGCAGCGACUAAGGUUUAGGCAGCCCAUUUAAUGGCCGCGGUGCUGCUGGUGUGCCGCCUACUCAGAGUGUGGUUGCAGGUGACCAAGCGGCAGAUUCUAUACUUAUUGCAUUAUUUUUCUCUACUUCAGAUACGAUGGGACACUAUGCAAUAUCUUUGAUAUAAUUUUAUGGGGGCUUUUAAAGAUUGACGCCCCUGGUGUUUGAAUGUGAAGUGACCCGUGUUGUUCAUCAAGUUCCUGUUUACAGCCUUUAGGCGUGUGGUGCUAGAGUGCUUCAAUUUAACUGUAAUAUAUUUUUUUACGAGUUGAUUAAACUUCAAUCAUGGAGAUAAAACUCGAAGAGGUGAUAGUUCAUGUCUUGGCGAGAAGUGAAAAUGAGAUGGUUUUGUCUCAACGAUUUGGAGGAAGAACAAUUUCGUUCUAGAGACAAUGAAAUGUGACAAAGUAUGUAGUCUGGAAUGUUGGAAGCUAGGAUACAAUUCCAGUGAGCCCGAUGUAGUGUUGGUGGUGUAAUAUUGUCAAUGAUUGCUGGAAGACGUUUUUGUAAUGGAGUGUUCAGCUUACCAGCUGUGUACUUUGCAGUGAUGGAAUAAGAGUCUAGAAAGUCACUGGAAUUAAACCUUUUGUAGACUCAGUCUGCACUUUUCAACAAAAAUGAGACUAACAAUAAAACUGAAAAUAUUUACUCAACUG